AUGUCUUAAGUUAGCUUCUUCAAGUGUUAAGUGUGGUUAUGUAGUAAUAAAAUGAGAAUUUCUAUUUCUACUUUCUAGUUUCUUUUGAAUCUGGAAUGGUAAUUAUUAUAGUUGUGAAUAGUAAUGUGAUUUAACAACAAAGGAGAAAAGGGCUCAAAACAGUUCAUCAUUACAGUAAAAACUGGUUGUUAAUUUCAAAAGUCUUUUUCUUUUUGAAAAUACUAGUGGAAUUCAUAAUAUUCUUGAAAGUCGUCUGGUUAGUCAGGCAAAGGAAUCUGUGAAAGGAAGUAAAAGGGUAACACAAUGAGUCCACAAAAGAACAGUACACAACCAUCAAUUGAAAACAGGCUCAGUAAAGAUACUGAAAUAGUUGAGAAUGAAAAGGUUAAACUGAAGCAACAUAUGGGACUUCUAGAAGGUGUUGCGAUAAUUUUGGGAAUCAUAUUUGGUUCUGGUAUAUUUAUUUCUCCAAAAGGUAUAAUUCAAGAGGUAGAUUCUGUAGGAAUGUCUCUAGUUGUAUGGGUGCUUUGUGGUUUAUUAUCAAUGGUAGGUGCCCUUUGUUAUGCUGAACUGGGUACAUCAAUACCAAAAUCUGGUGGUGACUAUGCUUAUAUUCAUGAAGCUUUUGGACCACUGCCCUCUUUUUUAUAUCUAUGGGCAGCCAAUGUGAUUUUUGUUCCAACAACAAAUGCCAUUAUGGGUCUGACUUUUGCUAAAUAUGUUAUUCAGCCUUUUUUUCCACAAUGUAUAAUGCCUGACCUUGGUGUGAAAUUGAUAGCAGCAGCUGUAAUUUGUUUCUUAACUUUCAUCAACAGUUCCCAUGUGAAGGCUACUAUCAGAUUACAGAAUGUGUUUAUGUUCUGCAAGGUUGCUGCACUUGUCUUGAUCAUACUGAUAGGACUAGUGUGGAUGGGUAUGGGAAAUGUUGAAAAUUUUCAAAAUUCUUUCACAGGGACCACCACCAACCCUGGAAAAAUUGCUAAAGCCUUCUAUUCUGGAAUUUUUUCUUAUUCAGGAUGGAAUUACUUGAACUUCAUGACUGAAGAGCUAAAAAAUCCAUUUGUAAAUCUACCCAGAGCUAUUUACAUAUCAUUACCAUUAGUAACUGGAAUUUAUGUGAUGGCCAAUAUGGCAUAUUUAUCAGUACUGACUCCAGAUGCCUUACUAUCUUCAGAUGCAAUUGCAGUGACAUUUGGUAACGCUUUAUUAGGAAAGUUUGCCUGGAUCUUACCAGUGAUGGUAGCUAUAUCUGCUUUUGGAGGCCUGAGUGUUCAUAUUAUGACGUCAUCGAGAAUGUUAUAUGUUGGCGCCAGAAAUGGACAUUUUCCGGAACUGUUGGCUCACCUGAGCCUCAAUACCAUGACACCUAUACCUAGCCUAACGUUUUUGAAUAUUUUAUCUCUCAUCAUGCUGUGUACCAGCGACAUCCACAUGUUGAUUCAGUAUUGCACGAUCGUCGAGUCGUUUUUCAUCACGCUCUCUGUGGCCGGCUUGCUGUACCUGCGAUGGAAGAACCCGAAGAUGUCUCGGCCGAUCAGGAUCCACAUCCUGGUGCCCAUAGUGUUCGUUCUGAUCUGCCUGUUCCUGCUGAUACUGCCGAUGGUCGACUCGCCUCUGAUCGUGCUCGGAGGAUUGGUUAUUACUUUGUCCGGGGUGCCGGUUUAUUUUUUCGGGGUGUACUGGAAGGCGAAGCCCAAGGGAUUCCAGAAGUUUAUGCAUAAUAUAACACUCAUCUCCCAGAAAAUAUUUUUUGCUGCACAUGAGGAAGCCUAA